AUGGAGCUAUUUACGAAGGCCCUGAGCAAGGCGGAGGAGGGCGCCAUAAAGCUCGCGGAAAAAAAAAAAGAGGACGUGGAUGUCGCGUGGUCGCGCGUCGUCGAGGAAGCCGGACACCCAGCGCUGACGCGCGAGCUGCUCAUGCUUGAGCCCCCGAUUGCACUGCAAUCGACAUGGGAUGAAGAGCUUGCGCAGCUCGACACGAUGUCAAGCGAAAGGAUUGGGAAGAUGCGGCGGAUGGAUUUCGGGCGCCAAAGAAAGGGAUUACAUCGAAGAACAAAGGGCUGCGUUCUUGAAAACAACGAGAUAUGGAAGGAUUUCUUGGGAGUCGACGAGGUAAUAUUGGGAGAGGAACUCCGUCGCCGGGCGGACGCCAUCGAAAGGGUGAAGAUGCCGGGACUACUGCAAGCUGAUUGA